GGUGAACGCGGGGAAGGGAAAGGAAAAGGAAAGAGAGAGAGUGAAGAGCAGCGCAGUGUGCAAGGACAAAAGAAGCUAAAGACAAAACAGCCUCGCGGCUCUCCUGAAGGCAAGGCAGGUCCUGAGGAGACAGCAGAUGGCAGCAGCCCCACGAAAAAGAAGAAAAGUAGAAGAAAAUCGAAAGUGCAGCAAGAGAAGACUGAAGCAGAUGCUGACAAAGACAUCAACCAACAGGAAAACAGAAACAACUUUAAAAACAAAUCUUCUAAAAGGAAGAAGACAAAUGAGGAAACAGAAGGAGUUGAAACAGGGAAGAAAGAGAACAGGGAAGGAACUGAAGGAAACCAAAGCACAAAGGAGGAGUUGUCCUUAACAGCCUCUGUGGAAGAGGCAAAUUGUCCACCCUCCAGUUUGAUGAUCCUUGGAGACUAUGACAGCAAGCCAGUGCAGAAGGUUCAGCCCUUCCUACCUCAGUGGCUUGCUCAACCCAAACGAGUGCAGAAACGCAUCAAAGAUAACCUAUGUCCAAUCAGAGAUGUCCCAGGGAUUCACCCCAAGCUGCUGAGAAAGCUGCAAAUGAAUGGCAUAGAGUCCUUCUUCCCAGUUCAGGCAGAGGUGAUUCCUGCCAUUCUCCAAAGUGCCUCCAACGGGUAUCUGAUGGGGCAGGGGGGAUAUCGCCCCAAGGACAUCUGUGUCUCAGCACCCACAGGCAGUGGUAAAACCCUGUCCUUUGUCAUACCCAUUGUGCAGGUUCUGUUAGACCGAGUAGUUUGCCAAGUGCGAGCUCUGGUUGUUCUGCCCACCAAAGAACUGGCACAACAGGUGAGUAAAGUGUUCAACAUUUACACUGACGGGACGGGGCUGAAGGCCGUUUUGAUUACUGGCCAGAAACCUUUUGCAAGGGAGCAGGAGAUGCUUGUCCAGAAAAAAGUGACAGGCUACUGCAGCCUGGCUGACAUUGUUGUGGCCACACCAGGGAGACUCACAGAUCACAUUAACCAGACCCCAGGCUUCAGCCUGACGCAGCUUCGUUUCCUGAUCGUAGAUGAAGCUGACCGUAUGAUCGAUGACAUGCACCAGAACUGUCUGAACCAAAUUGUAAAAGCUGCAUUCCGAGUAGAAAAUGACUCUGACUCCAACAUGCUUUUUCAGAGGACCAAACCAGGGCCUAUAACAGCAGCCAGCUCCUGCUCUCCUCAGAUACCCUUACAGAAACUGCUGUUUUCAGCCACGCUGACCCAGGACCCAGAGAAACUGCAGCAGCUGGACUUAUUCCAGCCUCGCCUCUUCACAUCUGUCUACUCUGAGAGAAAAACACUCGGAGAUGGAACAGAGACUGAAACAGAUACUGACAAGAAGUACACCCUUCCCGAGGGGCUGUCGCAAUGUUACGUGCCUUGUGACCUGAAUUCCAAGCCUUUGCUCCUCUUGCAUUUCAUGCUGACAAUGAAGUUCACCCGUGUGUUGUGCUUUACCAACUCCAGGGAAGCUUCUCACAGGUUGUUCCUGCUGGUUCAAGCCUUUGGUGGAGUCACAGUGGCUGAGUUUUCUUCUCGGUUACCUCCAAAGGAGAGAAGGAGAACCAUGAAGGAGUUUGAACAAGGGAAAAUACAACUGUUAAUCAGCACAGAUGCCACUGCACGAGGGAUUGAUGUGAAGGGAGUGAAUUAUGUCAUCAACUAUGACGCGCCACAGUUCAUCAGGACAUACAUUCACCGAGUUGGAAGAACAGCUCGUGCAGGAGAAGUGGGUGUGGCUUUCAGCUUUGUCCUUAGAAUUCAGGAACGCCGGUUCCUGCGGAUGUUGAGGGAUGCUGGAAUCCAGGACAUAAAGAAACGUCCAGUGAAGGGCAACUCCUUAAAGCCAUUGGUGCAGCAGUAUGAAGAAGCUCUGUGUGAGCUUGAGAAGACAGUCAAGAACGAGCGAGCACAAAAACGAGCCUGA